UCCCGCGAUCCGUGGAAAUUCUGUCAGACUAAAGUGGCCCGGGACUUCCAAUUGCCGUUGAUUGCACUGCCAGCUGCUAUUGCAUCGACUUAGUUUCCACCUUUUUACAUUGAUCCUUCUUACAAACCUGGCCGUUUAGAAGUUGUGUUAGAUUCGUCAGAUUCAUAAAUCCUUCGCCGCACGGCGUCAUUUCGUGAUCUCGUGUAUAAAGCGAAAUUCUUAUACUUCUUCAAAAUAAACAUUUUAAUUCGUCCGUACCCGUUUAAUGGCGCCUCGUUCUCGUGCCCGUGCUCCGCUCAAACACUACGUCGAUAGCGUCUCUCUAGACGACGAGGAAUUCUCCGUCGGCGAUUCCGUCUACGUCAAGAUCGACGGCGGCGAUGCUGCCAACGGAGCAUCCGACGCCGCCGACGGCUCGGAUUCAGGCGAGUCUGAUGCGAGCGACGAGGAGUGCGGAAUUUGCGGGGAAGUCGGGGAUGCGGGAGAGGAGGAGGAGGAGGAAGAGGAAGAGGAUGAGGAUGCGGAGGACGGGGAAGGGGAGGGGGAGGGGCAGGGGAGGAUGAUGGUGGGGUGCGAUGGCAUCAAGCCCCGUACUUCUCGAAAAUCGCUCUCAGCGAAUGUGAUGGUGGAGUGUGAUGGCUGCCUUGGUGGUUUCCACCUCGGUUGCCUCGACCCGCCGCUCGCGGAAAUCCCGGAAGGGGAUUGGUUUUGCGCAGGUUGUGCUGGAGGGAGCGGGGACGGGGGGAGCGGAAAAAGGGGACGCAAACUUGGGAUGGCGGAGGAGGAGGGGAAAGCGGGAGAGGUGGGGAAGGCGGGGAAGGCGGGGGAGGCGGGGGACGCUGGGAAGGAGCAGAAGAGGCGGCGGACGGCACGGGAGCGAGUGUUUGAUGGGAAGCUUGCGAUUGGUCGGAUCGAGCGGAUAUGGCGCAUGGCUGGAGGGCUGGAAGAAACAGCGGAACGCGGAAGUGAGGAGGCCGAGGAGCAGGAAGGAGUUGGGGGGAAGGAAGGAGAGAAGGAGGAGGAAGAGGAGGGGGAGGGGAAGGGGAGUAGUAGCUGCUGGUGGUGCCGAGUGAGAUGGUUUGUUUUGCCAGAGGAGACGGUGGAGGGACGGCAGGCGCACCACAGGAGAAGGGAGGUUUUCUUUGGAGACGUAGUGCAGGAAAUAGAGAUGGCCUCAAUACUGCGCACGUGCAUGGUUUUACCAGAGCCUCUCUUCUCAGCAGCAGCGCACAAGGGAGACGAUGUGUUCCUGUGCCGUAUGGCGUAUGGCUCCCGCAACCAGUGCUUCAAACGGCUGCCCAAGGGGUUUGGAGGAGCGAGGAGUGGAGCAGAGCCAGAGGGGGGGAAAGGGGGGAGGAAAGUGAAGGGGAAGGCGGAGGGGAAGGACGGAAGGGGAAGAGGCGUUAGAGCGAGUGAUGAGGAGGUGAUGAGGGGCACUCGUAGAGAAAGGGGGGAGGAGGAUGGGGAGAGCAGGGGGAGUGACGAGAGUGAGUCUAGUGGGAGUGACAGUAGCGAAGGGCUGGGUGAUUUUAGUGAUGAUGAUGAUGGUGAGCUUAGUCUAGAUGAAGAGGCGGAGGAUGCGGAGGACGAGGAGGAAGAGGAGGAAGAGGAGGAGUGGGGAGGGAGCUCGAGAAAGAGAUUGAGGAAGGUCAACAGACAUAAGGGCGACAGGCGGAGGAAGAGGCGAAGGCUGGGCAGGAGCAACGGUUCUGCGGCUUCACACAGUGACGGUGAUCACGGGCUGUUCGCAGUGUUCCACGGCGAAGAGAGGAGGGGAGGAGGAGGAGGGAACAUGGGAGAGCCUGCGGGGGAGAGAGGAGAUCCGAGAGAGGAUGCAUGGGGUGUGGAGGACGGGGAGGGGCAUGUGGAGGAGGAGGAGGAGGAGGAGGAGGACGGGGAGGAGGGGGGCGGGGGAGAGGCACUACAGCAGGACAGGGGAGGAAUGGCUGUGGUGCGGAGGGCCAAGAGAGCGCUGCAGCUGUCCCGAGUGCCGCCGUGCCUGCCGUGCCGCGAGAAGGAGCAGGGGGAGGUGCAGGGGUUCGUGGAGAGAGUCGUUGGGGGAGUGGAGAAAGGGGAGCAGCAGCCAGAGGAAGAGAAGGGGCAACGGGAGGGGACUGCACAGCAGGAAGGGGGAGAGCAGCAUGCGCAUUCACGUUGUUUAUAUAUAUCUGGAGUGCCGGGCACGGGCAAGACAGCAGUGGUGAUGGAGGUGAUGCGACAGGCGAGGAGGAAGAGCAGAGUUGGGUUACUCCCUGCGUUCCAGUUUGUUCACAUCAACGCGCUCCGCCUGCCCACACCCACUGCUUUCUUCUCUGUCCUCUGGGAGGCACUAACUGGCCAAAGGAUCGCCUGGAAGAAAGCCCUCCACUCCCUCAACCUCCGAUUCGCCUCCUCUCCCUCCUCCGGGGCAGUAAUGGGCAGAGGCAGGGGGCGGGGGAGAGGAGGAGGGAGAGGGAGGGGAGGAGGGCGGAGGGAUGGGGAGGGGCAGAAAAGGGGAGGAGGAGCGGGCGUAUGUGUGCUGCUGGUGGAUGAGAUGGAUCAGUUGAUUAGCAAGGACCAAAAGGUGCUCUACAACAUCUUUGAAUGGACCACCUGGAGCUCCUCACGCCUUGCCGUGAUUGGCAUAGCUAACACCGUUGACUUACCGGAGCGACUCUUACCACGCAUCGCCAGCAGGAUGGGCCUGCACCGCGUGCCUUUCUCUCCCUACACCCGCGACCAGAUCGAGACAAUUGUCGCCGCCCGCCUCCAAGCCUGUCAGCUGUUCGCGCCUAGAGCGAUUGAGCUAGCUGCGAGGAAGGUGGCAUCGGUGUCUGGGGACGUGAGGAGGGCACUUGAGAUUUGCAGGAGGGCGGUUGAGAUAGCAGAGGCAGACUCCAGGGCGGCACAGGCAGCUGAUGCGGCUGAGGCGACUGAGGCGGCAGAUGAAGCGGGGGCUUCUGCCACGCAAGCAGCUGUGGCUAGUCAGGGGCAUCAAACCAAGAAGGGGGAGGGUGAAGCAGAAGGUUGUGAAGAGGCGGGGAGAAGGGGAGGAGGAGGAGAGGACAAGGGGGGUGGGGAAGAAGGGAAGGUCGCAGGGAGGAGGGACGAGAUGGAGGUGGGAGAAGCAGAGGGGAGUGAGGCAGGGAGGAGUCAGGAGGCGGGUGGGGAGGGGAAGGGCGGCAAGGAGAGGGGAGGAAGAAGGAAAGGAGGUGGCGAGGGGCUAAUGGAGAAUGCCAGUGCUAGUGGUGGUGCUGGUGCUAGUGGUGCUAGUGGUGCUAGUCGUGGUAGUGGUGGCAUGAACGGUGCUCAUGCUACCACUCCCACACGGCAGUUGAGACCUAGGAGAGGGGUGAGAGGUGGUGAGCAGGGUGCAGGAGAGAACACUGGUGGUGGUGUGAACGGUGCUCAUGCAGCCACUCCCACACUGCCAGCUCAACACAGUGAUGAUGGUUCUGGUAUGAACGGUGCUCAUGCUACCACUCCCACACAGCAGUUAAGAUCGAGGCGAGGGGUGGGAGGCGGUGAGCAUGGUGCAGGAGAAGAGGCGUGUUUCAAGCCGACUCAGAAUGCUGGUGGUGGUGGUGUGAACGGCGCUCAUGCAGCCACUCCCACACGAGAGUUAAGACCUAGAAGAGGGGUGAGAGGGGAUGGUCAGGGUGCAGGAGAAGAGAUGUGUAAAAAGGUGGAAGGUGGACAGGCAUUGGGAGAGGCUGAUGAAAAAGCGGCGUGGGAUGGGAAGGUGGAGGGAGACGGCAGCACGGGCAGCAAGGGAAGGCAGCAGCCGCUGAUGUUGCAGUCGCAGCAUGGGAGGGAGGCGAGCAACGGGGCGAUAGAUGGAGAUGGGGCAAAGGAGAGGUGUGCCCUGCUGGUGGUGCAGAUAGAGCAUGUGGAAGCAGCCAUUAGGGAGAUCUUCUCCUCGCCACAUAUUAUGAUCAUUCGCCGCCUGUCUGCAGUUGAAAAGAUCUUCCUCGCAGCGCUCUCCUUUGACCUCCACCGCUCCGGUGCUGCAGAAACCACCUUUGGAAAGGUGCAGCACCUGUGCCUCGGCUGGCUGCAGCACCACAACUCUACCAUCCCUGCCACACUCCCAUCCUCGGCACUCUCCUCAUUGGUUGUUGCCACGUCAGCAGCUCCUCCCGACCAAUCAGAGGAUGCCCGUGGCAGGGGGCAGAAGUGCCCGGUGCAGCAGUCUGCUGGAAAGGAGGAGGAAGCUUCCCGGGAGCUCCUAGUGCGGCUGAAUGUGUCUCACGAUGCCCUGCUGGCAGCGUGUGCACGCCUGGCCGAGUCUCAUCUGCUGCUAGCAGAGGCCACUGUGCUACACUGCCACCAGCGCAUUCAGCUCAACCUGCCCAGGGAGGACGUGGUUCAUGCGUUGAGCACUGACCAAGAAUUGCCGUGGUUGUCAAGGCAUCUUGGAUGACUGUUGGAAGCCCGGUGUAACAGCCCAGGCGUAUUCCGGGAAGUACACAAUACAGUGCGGUGCAGGGCCUAUCUUUGCUUUUCCGCCCAUCUGAUUUUCACGAGUGAUCCUUCGCGUAACUCUGAUUUUCAGAGUGCCUUGGAGCUGUAACUCUGAUUUUCCUGGGUUUUUCCUAAAUUUCACUGAUUUACUCUGAUUCAUGUAAUCUCUUCUGCCAUCUCAUUUUCUAACCACUA